AGUGCACUUCCGUUUUGUUGCUGCGUUUUUCUGUUGCAUUUGUUUUGUGUGUUUUUGGUUGUGCAUCAUUCCUGUGUUUGCAGCGUUUUGCUGUUUGUGGCGCAUUUGCCCUUAUCAGCCACCGUACAGAACAGAGCCAUACCGCCAAAUGUAACAUUCUGCUUUAGAAAUAAAAACAAAAGUGGUCCUGACUGAACUGAAACUUAAUGGUGGGCCAUUGUAUUGUUAAGCUGCAAAAUGCUACUAGGGUCCCAAGUUCCCUUAAUUGAACAUUAAAAAUAAUAAUUAGUGACCUUACAUAUUUAAAGAGCAGUUUUACCACCCAAAUAAAUAGGGCAGCAUAAAUAGCAAUUAACAGUAUUUCUUUCAAAUUAAAAAUGUUUUUAAUUUGUUUUUUUACUAGUAACAUCAGGUGGGCCAAAUUGGGCCUUACAGGGGGCCAGCUUUGGCCAGCUGUGCACUAGCUAAAAGAGAAAGAGGAACGGUGUGUAUGCCUUUGUAUUCACAUUUCAUGUGUAUGUGUGUAUGUCUGUGUGUGUCUAUGUGUGUGUAUGUUCCUCAGCAAACUGAAGAAGCUGAUUCGCUACAUUCGGUCAAAGCAAGGGGCUUUUCAAGAAGAGGAGAGACAGAAGAAGCUGCAGAGAUAUGAAACAGAUCACUUCUUGGAACCAUUUGCUGGUUUAACACCUGAAUAUAUGGAAAUGAUCAUCCAGUUUGGUUUUGUUACAUUGUUCGUGGCAUCCUUCCCCCUUGCUCCUCUCUUUGCUCUGCUCAACAACAUCAUCGAAAUACGUCUUGAUGCCAAGAAAUUUGUGACCGAGUUGCGAAGACCAGUGGCAGCAAGAGCCAAAGACAUUGGUAUAUGGUACAACCUACUAAGAGGGGUCGCAAAGGUUGCCGUCAUCAUUAAUGCAUUUGUCAUCUCCUUCACUUCAGACUUUAUUCCCCGGAUGGUCUACCAGUACAUGUACAGCCCUGAUGGCUCCAUGCAUGGAUUUGUCAACCACACGCUGUCCUAUUUUAAUGUCAGCCAUUUCCAGGAUGGCAAAGAACCAAUGGAUCCGCUGCACCUUGGCUACCCCGUUGAGAUCUGCAGGUGGGAAACCAAUCUGGAGAUGUGUUACUUGUAGGGAUGAGCUAUUACA